UUGGAGAGCGCGGCACUGUACUAUACGCUGGUUAUAGAGGGACAAUCACACUGACCGGUUUCUGCUUACAGCACACCAACACCUGAUCGCUUCCUAUCUGAUCAUAAUAUUCUUCUCUACUAUGCACUAACUGACCAGCGCCACUGCGCGCCGGGGGAAUCUGAUCGAGGCCUUCCGCUCUUUGCGGUCGGGUUCUGCCAUCAGCUGACGAGAAGUGCAGCCAUUCUGUCACAGUGUCGCUCUGUGUGUGUUCGUUCGUUGGGCUCGAGUGGUGAUCAGUUACCGGCGCUACAGCGGAAAUCUGGACGUUGAAUUGUCUGUUAUUAUUUUUUUGGCCAACAAUUCGGCCAUUUUCGUGUUCGUUGGGGACAAUUUGAUGUGGGCCGGAAAGGUCACUGAUUUACAGUUUUUAUUAUCCAAAGCAUUGUGAUUUACCAACCGGAUCUUUUUGUUCCACUGAGCUAACUUUCGCUGAUUUUUACCGAAUGGCCUAAACCAUUGGGAGAAAUUAUUUUUAUAUUGAUAUCUUGUUGCUUGCAAACUGCUUGCUAUGGAAGAGCUUGUGGAUCCAAAGCAGCAACCCAGGGCGGUGUUUGUUCCAUUCCCGGGUUCGCGUCGACGGAAUACUAGCAUGAAACGGUGUCGAUCCGGAGUUGAUGCAGUGCGGGAUUUAUUGGCUCCUUGCCUGCAGAGCCCCUGUGCUACGAUGGCCAGCGUCGUGCUGGUGGUGGUCGAAGGGGUGCUCAUAUUUCUUCUCUUGUUGCUGGACAUCUCCAUUCAAGAUUCAUUUCGCGCAUUGUCCUGCUGGAAUUCCACCGAACACAAUCUUACGGGGAUACGUCUGACUGCCAGUUAUAUUGAAGAUGAUUUAAAAAGGCCAAUGCAGUGCACAUCUACAGCACUGUUAUGUGCCUUCCUCUUAGAGGUAUCACUCCGCUCUUUCGUUUCCGGUCGGCAUCUGGUGCGCAACUACUGGGAGCUCUUCGACACGCUCAUCACGCUGCUGACCUUUUCUCUGAAUGUCGCCGUUCUUGCCAGUUACAGCGUGGGCAAGCAGGUUAGCCUGUUUAUAAUUCUCUUCCGGCUGUGGCGCAUACUGGAGCUGCUGGGUGCCCCGCUGUCCAAAUACCGCUACACCAGCGACGCCCAUCUGGACCACACCUUCUCCACGACAUCUUCCGUGGCCACGGUGGAGACCUACGUGGCGGAGCAGAAUAUCGCCACGUUGAUGCUCAAGAUUGAGGAGCUUGAACGGGAUAUGGAACGCCUGCAGACGGACAACCGCCGACUAACGUUCGACCAGCGUAAACUCAAAUCCCUCAACCACUCCCUCAUCCAGCGCAUCCCUUCCGAAUCCCCGCCCGCCCCGCCCACCGACCCCUCCGGUGUGACGCUGCGCCGGCGCGAGACCAAAUGCCAGCGCUGUGUCAACCACAACUGGACCACCGAUGACCUUUUAAAAAUGGCCUGCAUGCAGCUGUCCCGCUCCGACUCGCGCUUCCGUGAGGAUCUGCGCACCGCGAAAUCGCUGGAGGAACUGAAUCUUCCGGAGAGCGGCUACAGCUCCGCCCAGCGGAAAUUCCGCCCGGAGCGCUACCCCAAACUGCAUUACGGGCAGGAGCACGUGAUGCAGCCGUUGGAGCUGGCGGUACAGUUGGAAAGUAUGGCAGCCGCCAAGGAUGGGUGGCUGGAAGAGUGGUCGGAAAUCAAAAGGAUCUCACAGAUUGACUGCCCAGAUUUUAACCAAAGCGAUGUGCGAAUCCCCGUGACGAGUUUGUAAAAGCGGCCUCGCUUUGCCACAGUUUUUGUUUCCUUUUUGUGUACAGUUGUUGAAUUACGUAUUGUACCGUACGAGUAUCUACAGACUUUUAAAACCGUUCUUAUUCAUUGCGGUUAUGGGAAUGAGAUGUCAUAAUGUCAAUGAGAUGUCAUAUGGGAAUGAGAUGUCAUGUUUACCUGUGCGUCUAGCAGUAUAACGCACUUGAUUACAAUGUGCAUGUUAGUAUUCAGGAAGAGAAUCUUGACUUUUCAAAAUUUUAGUCUGUUGUUACGUUUGUUUUUUUUUCCUUCGACAUGAUAAAAAGUUUAUCCAUUUGUGGACAGCAUUCAGAUUGGCAUCUGAGCCAAACAAACCGUAUAGCACCAGUGGGUCGUGGAACAUUUGCACAAUGUAAAAUUGCGCUUAUAAAAAUUAAUCUA